UGAGCGGUCGCCUAACGGUUUACAUUCAGCUCCCUACUUCUGUUCCGACUCAUUUCGCCAUGUCUACCAAUGGCGAGCCAAUGGUACCAUUUCGAUUUAGCGAUGAGCGACAUAUUAAGUUCGUCGAGCUUUACAGUCGCGAGCCAUGUUUAUGGAACCGCCGCCCCUAUCUAUGGGGCGCUCGAAAUGCUGCGUACAGGCGCGUUCAGACAGGCAUUAACGCCGAGGCGCUACCCAGUGAAAGCCCUGUAACUUUGGAGGGUGUUAAAACGAAGAUCAAAAAUAUGCGCACUGGGUAUCAUCAGGAGCUAAAAAAGAUCAGAGCGAAUCCUAAAUAUACCCCCAAGAUUCCCUGGUUCUCGCCAUUGCAUCAGAUUUUGGCACCGUUUUUGGAUCAGACAUCAAAUGGCGACGCGUUGAAAUCCCCAAUGCCUUUGAAGCGUCUCCAGGUAAAAUUGCCACGCUUGAAGCCCAUCCGGGUGUUACCGAACAAGGGUGAAGAGAAGACCGAAAUCAAAAUAGAGCUUGAACCUGAUCAACAGGUUUUCAUACCAAGCGAUGCUCUUCCAUUGAUGCCCACACUGACUCCAGCUCCACCCCUGCGUCUUAUUACGCCUCCGGCACAACCGCCGUCACCAACCCCACCGCAAAUACCCGAAGUUCCCUUACUGCCCAAGGCUAACUCCUCGACAUUGGAGCGAACGCUGACGAUGCAGUCGCUUAGCGAAGACGAGUUUACGUUUUUCGGACUCAGCGUUGCCGCCCAACUACGUAACAUGCCCCUAUCAAGUGCCAUGAUCAUGCAAACAAAGAUUCAGUAUUUACUAUCAAUAGAGCGUCGUAGAAUUGGUGGUGAUACUACCGAGGUCAACUUGUUUUAGUUUUAGAUGGGAUUUCAUUUAAAGAAUCAGUUAACAUCGUACGAAGCAAAGAAUU